UUCCACAAUAACAAACAAAAGUGAUUUUCUGAUGAACUGAGCAGUGUUGCUAUUAAAAAAUGGUGAAUAAAAUGUAUAAAGUUACAUCCGAAAAGAUGGAAAAGCACGGAAGCAAACACAAUCAAGUUUUAAUGUCAAUAGUCAUAUGCAUGCCAAUCCUGGCGUACGGCACAGCCAUGGGCUGGAUAUCACCCAACAAAGCCUUGUUAAUGGGAGACUCCUCACCUUCCGCUAAGAGGCUCACUGAAGAAGACGUCUCGUGGAUGGCUUCUAUUAUGUUCAUAUUCGCACCUAUAGCUGUAUUCAUAUAUGGUGCGGCGGCUGAUAGAUUCGGCAGAAAAAAUGCGCUACUGUGUGCUACUUUACCUAUAUCGCUCGGUUGGAUAGUAAAACUUGCGUGCACGCAUCCAAUAGCUCUCAUAGCGGCGCGUGCGCUAAUCGGCUUUGGCUCGGGAGGCGGCUUCGUUGUAUGCCCUCUUUACGUCAAAGAGAUAAGUGAGGACAGCAUCAGGGGCAUGACUGGUACCUUUGUCAUUUUCUCUCAGACCGCUGGUAAUCUACUGGUCUUCAUAUUGGGAGAUCUGCUGCCAUUCCAAACCGUACUGUGGAUCCUACUCGCGAUACCGCUGAUCCACUUCUGCAUACUACUAAGGCUGCCCGACACGCCGUCUUACCUCAUCAAAUGUGGAAAAAAUGAAGAAACAGCCAAAGUGCUGGGCUGGUUGCGAUCUUUGCCUCACACUGAUAAGUCUAUCAGUGAAGAGGUGGACCGGCUGGUAAUCGAGCAGAAUACCUGCGAGCCAAAGUUCUCACCCAGACUACUUUUUGGCGACAAAACUGCAGUCAAAGCCUUUUGGGUGGCCCUUAUAGUAAACCUGACACGUGAGUUCUGCGGGUGCAUCGCUGUUUUGGUCUACGCUAGCCACAUCUUCGCGGAAGCUGGAAAGGAUCCACACACAAGCAUCGCACUUUCGCCAAACAAACAAUCAAUUUUGCUCGCUGCCGUCCAGAUCCUUGGGUCGUUUUUGGCGUGUCAACUCGUGGAUCGGACGGGAAGAAAGCCUCUCCUAGCCGUGACGAGUGUGGUGGCUGGCUUCAGCAUGUGCCUCUUGGGAGUGUGGUUCUAUCUCCAGAGCGUCGGCGUGUUCAUGCCGGGCUGGGUGCCCAUAAUGGCGCUUUGCGUUUGCAUCUUCGCCGAUGCCUCGGGAUUGCAGCCGCUGCCGUUUGUUAUUAUGACAGAAAUGUUUAACUUUCAACUUCGAGGUACAGUGGCGACACUGAUAAUGGCAAUUUCUCUCGGCACCGAUUUUGCCCUCAUAAAACUCUUCGCUCCAUUGAACACCUGGAUCGGCUACCAUUCCACGUUCUGGGUAUUCAGCUUUAUAUGCUUAGCAAAUGUAUUCUACCUCAUCUUCUGCGUCCCCGAGACGAAAAUGCGGAAUCUCGAAGACAUUUACGCCGAUUUGGAAGGAAAGAAACGGCGGAAAAAGGAAGACGUAGUUGUAGAAACCAACCAUGUAUAGUUAUGGUAUCUUCAAUUAUUAGUUAAUAAGAAGAA